CUAUUCCGUAAUAUCGUCCGCUCGGAUGGCUUCACUGUCGACUUUAUUUUUAGUAAGAAGAGGAAAUCAAAAGAAGAGAAAACCAUCGAAGACCAUCGGUUGACUUUGGAAGAUUUUGAUUACGCCGAAGUCGAAUCUGGUUAUAGACCCUGCUUCAUUGAUCCUGGUAGAAGAGACGUUUUCACAGCAGCAAUUGGGAUAGACGUAACGAAGCACCAGGUGCGAAGCUGUUCUACCAAAGAAUACUACCAUAUGACUGGUAGCACCAGGUACUCUGCAAGGCUAGAGAAGAAGAAAGCUGGUACCAUAAAGAACAUCGAAAGUGAUAUACCAACUGCCAAGACAGGCUCCAAAGCCCAAUAUCACUGUUAUGCAGCAUACAUCCUACAGCACUUGGAAGUCUUGUUUUCUUUCUACGGUGAUGACACUGCCAAAGAUCGAUUUCAUUUAUACUAAGGACGGAAACGUGCAGCAGACAAAAUGGUAAAUAUGCUAGUUAAUGGCAGUACAAAGUAUAACGAGGAUCUCAGAUUGAAGAAGAGAGAAGAAAAAGAAAAGAAGGGCUCAAAGAAGAAGAACAAUGGCAAGGCGGCUUCUCAGAAAAGACGAAAAAAGAAGAAGAAGGGAGCACCAGAGAAAAAGAGUAUAAAAGAAGGGACGCCAGAAGUUAAAAUGGAAUUAGAUAAGAAAGAUAGUAGUUCAAAUGCCAAAUGGAGGCCCCAACCUUUCAGUGUCGG